UCCCCACUGUAGUACGCAGCUGACUGUCGCCACCUGAUAAGCUCAUUUGAUUGGCUUAAUCCUCUUCUCUCCACCCUCUUCUGAUGACCCCGGAGCGAUCUGAUUGGCUGAAAGGCAGCUUCGUGCUGUUAAACGUAUUUCGGGGGCGUUUCCAUGUGGAGGCUGCUUGAUCGAUGCACUACAAUAUCAUUACAGUCCCGCCUACACCUCCCAUGCUUUACACCGGUAAGACGCUGUAUUUAUUGUGUUUCAAGACAACAGCUUUAUGCUCUUUACUUAUUUCUGCAAAGCCUCAGUUUCUCUCGCGUUUAGAUCAUUUUAGCAUCUGCAGGUGAUGGGACGGCAACCAAACUGCCUUUCGCUUCACGUUUCAUAAUAGAAAUGUUACUGCAUGGACACACAGGAACUAAUUGCAGUUUCACCUGAACUUUGUCUCGGAGACCAAUAAUGAAGCCAAACAGUCAAGCACUCAAACACAAAUCCUCACAUGACACGGAGAGGGAAUUUGGAGGAACCCUGGGUGCCAUAUGCAUUCCCAUCCUUCUUCCGCUGACGGUGCUGUUCCUGAUCAGUGUAAGUCGAUCCCCUGAGGCCAGUGUGCUCCAGUGGCCCCCUUCCCUCCCCUCUACUGACCAGCUGUGGGACCCUCUGGCCCUCGUGCUUCUGCUGGGCUGGAUCGCUCUGCAUGCCCUCCUCUAUUUGAUGCCAUUAGGAAAGGUGUCUGAAGGAUUAGUGCUGAGGGAUGGAACGCGUCUCAAGUAUCCCAUAAAUGGUUUUCAUGGCCUGUGCAUCAGCGGUGUGUUGCUGAUGUUGUUACUGGGGCUCAGGGCUCCUCUGGGGUAUCUGUUUGAGCUGCUGUUGCCUCUGGCAGUGUGUGCAAUAGCAGUGUCAUUCAUGUUCUCCAUCUACCUCUACAUCCGCUCCUUUUUGGCUCCUUCUAAUGCUCUCGCUUUGGGGGGCAACACAGGAAAUCCCCUGUAUGACUUCUUCAUUGGACGGGAGCUAAACCCCCGGAUUGGAAACUUUGACCUUAAAUAUUUCUGUGAGCUCAGACCAGGUCUGAUUGGCUGGGUGGUCAUAAACCUCGGCAUGCUGAUGAAGGAGGUGGAGCUUCGUGGUUCCCCCUCACUCGCCAUGAUACUAGUCAACAGUUUCCAGCUGCUGUAUGUUGCAGAUGCUCUGUGGAAUGAGGAGGCUGUUCUGACAACCAUGGACAUUGUGCAUGAUGGUUUUGGCUUCAUGCUGGUCUUUGGGGACCUGGCCUGGGUUCCCUUCACAUACGGCCUGCAGGCUGCCUUCCUGGUUGUGCACCCACAGGCCUUAAGUUCACUCGGAGCAGCAGCUAUAAUAGCACUGAAUGGUAUCGGAUAUUAUAUUUUCAGAAAAUCCAACUCACAGAAGAACCAGUUCAGACGUGACCCCACACAUCCAAGUGUUGCAAGACUGGAGACCAUCGCCACAGCAACAGGGAAACGGCUGCUGGUGUCCGGCUGGUGGGGUCUCGUUCGUCAUCCCAAUUACCUCGGUGACCUCCUCAUGGCCCUGGCGUGGUCCCUGCCAUGUGGAUUCUCACAUCUUCUGCCUUACUUCUAUGUCAUAUAUUUCACCGUCUUGCUGAUUCACCGAGAAGCCCGUGAUGAGAGACAGUGUAGGGGCAAAUAUGGACUAGCGUGGGACACAUACUGUCGACGUGUCCCCUACAGGAUCUUCCCUUAUAUAUACUGAAAAGGAAAGCAGAUGGGUGGAACGGGACCAGAAGUGUCACACAUUGUCCUUGUGACUCUUCAAGUCCACACAAACUUGAGCUGUAAAUCCAUUUUCAGUUACACAAAGUAAUAACACAUGCUGCUACUGGGAAUCUGCAGGAAGCUCACAGUUUUAAUCAGCCUGAUUCGUAAGGCUACAAAAUGAUGCUCGAUGGAUCACUUUUUCUAAUGCAUUGCAUUUUGACUUUAAACCCUCACAGGAAUCUGAUAUAGGUAAAGUCAGUCUGCAUUACACAUGUCUCUUCUGCUGUGUUUCAGCAGCUAAUGCAUUGCAGCAUAAGAGGCUAACGCUGUAGAAAAAACAGUGUUGAGUGUAAUUCUUUUCUCAUAAAAAUGAGACAAUUUCUUGUAAAAAUGAGGGGAAAAAACCAUCUUAUUUGAAUGAGAACAUUUUUUUAUCUGAAUAAUAAAUAAAAAUCCAUUUCCA